ACUGCUGAAUGAUCAGAAAUAAGAAGGGUGAGAAGAUGUCUUAUUUGUUCUUGCUAGUUUUGUUUCUUGCAGUUAUCUCUCUCAAUGAUAUUGCAGGAAAUCCCAAGCAUCAAAUACAUGCGCCACACAGUGGAUUCAUCAGUUACCACCCACCACAAACCAUUGAUCCAGUAACACCUUCAUCGCCUAUCCAAGUUCCUAUUCUUACCCCACCACCACCACAUAUACAUCCUUCAUCGCCUAUUCUUAUUCCUCUUCCACCACCACGUAUACCGCAACUGCAACCGCCUCGGCAACAACCUAUUCCUAUCCCACCACUACAUAUACCGCGACCGCCUCAGGUGAAACCUAUUCCUAUCCCACUACCACCACAUAUACAUCAUCGAUCUCCAAUUCGACCGCCUCUCUAAGAUGCAAGUAGUAAUGAAAAACGCACAGCAUCAAAGAACCAUAUUAUUAACUAUGAUUUUCUCAGUUGCAACCAUUUCCUUUGUUGUAUGCUUAAUUAGUGUUAUGUUUUUAAUUUUUGGAUGCCUUUUUCUUUUCAAGCAUUCUAUGUUUGCUUACGGAUGCUUAUAGUAACCAUGUUUUACUCUCUUUUUAAUAAAUUCAUUGUGCUUAUAAAAUAAAGCUUUAAUAUCAUUUUUUUAUAAAAAACUUUUGUGCUUAUAAAAUAAACUUCAUAAGUCUCUUAAUAUCUCUUAUAGGGAGAAAAAAAGGAAAAUAUAAAAAAAUUGAUAAGUACUAAGAAAAACAAACAAGAAAAAUCUCGGAGGUUCUACUUGUAGUAAGUGCUUCAUAAGUCUCUUAAUAUCUCUUACUUACCAAUGGAUCUACCUACUUAGUUAUCAUUAUAAUGUUGUUGAAUAUGUUGGUUGUAGCGUAUAUGCUACAUUAUAACCACAAUUUUUUU